GCUCGGCCGUCGUUCGUCGGCAGGUACGGGGUGUGCCCCGCCGGUCGAGUUGGCUGUUUGUGAUUCGUUCGAGCGGUUCGGUACUGUUCGGCGGCUUGGGGCAUGGUGGGUGGGUCGUCUCCCUUAUCCUGCGUCGUCGCCUGCCUCUUCUCCUCCUGUCCUCCUUUCGUUUCGUUUCGACUCGGUGCUCACUCCUCUCCGUGCUCCUGCGCUCUGGUCUGCGAGUCGUCGCUAGGGUUGGUCGCCGACGGGCUCCGAUGGCGGCGCGCUGCCGUGACGCGGUUAAGAUCUGCUGUUCUCCUCUUUGCUGGGCCUGGAUCCGCUGCACCGUUCUUCGAUCUGCGGUUGCUCCUGCUUGGUCAGCAAACCUGCUCAUCCUCGUGUGCGUGCUGGUCUUCGCGUCUUGCUCCAAGGAUCUGCAGGUUGUUUUGGUCUAGAGGUUAUUUCUCCGAGCCGGCCGUGUUGAUAGGCCCUGUAACGUGGUGGUGUUGUUGGUUGCUUCGCACGUUCUAUACAGCGUUGAGUUCCAGAAACGGGGACUGCCACAUGCUCAUAUCCUUGUUUGGUUGAAGGGAGAUCAUUCAAAGGUUAGUGCAGAUGUCAUUGACUCCUUUGUGUGUGCUGAGAUCCCAGAUCCUCUUGUUGAUCCACUGGGGUAUUCAUUAGUUUCUGAGUUUAUGAUGCAUGGCCCGUGUGGCGACAUGAAUGAUAAGUGUGUUUGUAUGAAAAAAGGCGUCUGCUCUAAGCAUUUCCCUAAGAGUUUUCAAGAUAUGACGACCAUAGAUGAAAAUGGAUUCGCUUUGUAUAGGCGUCGUGACAGCGGGCACCGUGUGUUUAAAAAUGGUCACUAUCUUGACAAUAGACAUGUUGUACCU